UGUCCUUUGGUGCACUCACUCGAUCGCAAGGGCCAUAAGGUUGAACCGAAGCUUCCGGCGAGCUUUUGUCGUUCCGGUCGUUGCCACUGAGUAGACGAGAGGCUGUGUUUUCGCGCGCUGAUCGACACCACCGGUACCUGUGGAUUCUGGGGUUUUGUUUGUUUGUGAUAAACCAGAGUGUAAUUGUUAGAAAAUAAUUGGGAGGGAAACAUAUUGCAGUGCGUGCAGUCUUUCUGGUUGAAGAAGAUAAUCCUUUUUGUCGAGCUAAUUUAAACACCAACAGAAGACGCAUUAACUUCAUUAUAUCGGCGAUGAAGAUGAGCAAAGUGGGAAAUCAAACAAACUCACAGGAUCCACAAGCCGUGAAUUCCCGAGUGUUUGUUGGUAACCUCAACACUUUUCAAUGCAGCAAAACAGACGUCGAGCGGAUGUUUCAGCGAUACGGCAGAUUAGCAGGUAUAUCCAUGCACAAAGGAUACGCGUUUGUGCAGUUCACAAAUCCCUUCGAUGCCCGUAGUGCCUGCCUCGGUGAGGAUGGCCGCACAGUCCUCAGUCAAAUUCUUGAUGUCAAUAUGGUUGCAGAGCCAAAGCCUCAUCAAACGGGUCGCAAACGACAAAACAUGUCCAAGACAGGAAACGAUUGGGACUACUACUACGACAGCUAUUGUGCGUCAGCGGCUUUCCCGCCUCGCCUGGCGCCUCCGCUGAAGAGACCCCGACUCAUGCCCACGCGGUCUCAGCAGCAACAACAGCAACAACAGCAGCCACAGCAACAGCCGUCGAAACAGCCAAAAGUGACGACAAACAGCGCCGGGCUCCAGGACCUCAGCCAAUUAAAAGUUUACAGCAAUCUGGACAUACUAAUUUGCGGCAACUGCCGGGAAAUGUUCACGGAUCUCGGGGAGCUGCUCGAGCACAAACGGGAUUACUGCAAGCUGCGGUUCACCUGCAAAUGCCACACGUUUAACGGCGCCACUCCCAGAAACUCAAUGGCCUCUCUGCUGUGCGUUCUCUGCAAAGAUCCCUUCCCAUCCGCGUGGGAGUUGAUGGUCCACGCCCAGGCAGCCCACAUGAUCAACAUCUACGAGCUCGGCACAAAGUCCGACACAAACCACUCGUCCCGGAGUCCGAGCCAGAACAACAAAGAAUCAUCGCAAUCGCCCACGCCACAGGAUCAGGUGCGUAUAUCCCAUUACCGACAUCUCGCCUAA